UUCCGUGGCAAAUCAGUCUGCAGAAUGAAGUGUUCCGCGUGGUUGCUUUUCGCGUUGUUGCCGCGACUCUUCGCCGUCUUACCGGUCGCCAAUUGCCAAAUCGUGGGCCAGAGGAUCCCGGUUAGACAGGGUCUAGGUCGAGAACAGCCAAUCGUCAGGAUCUCAGGCCAAGGAUCGGUAGCUGGCAAGGAGGUCACUGUAAAUUCGAUAAAGGUGGUAGAAUAUCUGGGAAUUCCUUAUGCCCAGCCACCGUUGGGGAAAUUACGUUUUGCUGCGCCUGUUACCGACCCCCUACCAUCGUGGAGCGGCGUGCGAAACGCAACAAAAUUUGCACCGUCCUGUCAACAAAUGACCGACAAGCCGAAACUUCACGAACAACACUACAAAAGAUUGCUACCGGUUGAGCAACCCGAUCCUGGAGUUAGCGAGGAUUGUUUGUACUUGAACAUCUUUUCCCCAGACGGGAACAAACCAAGCGAUGGAUGGCCAGUGAUGGUGUGGUUUCAUGGUGGUGAUUUCAACACUGGCACCCCAGCCAUAUGGAAUGCCUCAAUUUUCGUCAGCAGACAGAAAAUUAUGGUGGUCACUGUGGCGUAUCGUCUCAAUAUCCUGGGCUUCUUCACGACCAUGGAUUCGGAGGCUCCAGGGAAUUACGGGAUGUUCGAUCAGAUAGCGUCUCUGGAUUGGAUCCAGAAGAAGAUCCAGCAUUUCGGAGGUUCUCCAUACAACGUGGUGAUCUACGGCCACAGCUCCGGUGCUAUAAGUGUGGGCUUACACCUGGUGAGUCCUCUGAGCAGAGGUAAAUUCUCCAAAGCCAUCGCCAUGAGCGGAGACGCGGUGAGCUCGGUUGGCUCGCCUCAAAAUGAAUUACCAGUGGUCGACAUCGUCACCGAUACGUUUGGUUGUUAUCGACGACCAACGUCAGCGCUGAUGGAGUGUCUUCGUCGAGUAAACGUGACCGCCUUGGUCGAUCUAACUUCCUCUAUCGAAACCUGGGGUCCCAUCGUUGACUACGAGACAAACAACUCCACGGAACCGUUUCUACCUAUGCAUCCAAAAGACAUAUUAGACAGUGGCACUUUGAACUCCGUUCCUUUAAUCGUCGGUUACACCAAUAAUGAACAGGCGUUGGCCUAUAUAGAGUCCCUAGACAAGGGGGACUUGGAUGGAAAGCUUUCUUAUAGAAAUUUCGAGAUGAUGAUCACUGACGAGUUUGUAUCAUUGGUCCAGGAAGAUAACAGUACCUGCGAACUGAAACCAGAAAUGGUCGCCGAGGCGGUGCUGUUCUUUUACAAGCCUCAUCCGCCGAGCAAGGAUCAAGGUAACCUUCGGGACAGGUACUUGGAUCUGCAAACGGAGAAGAAAUACGCAGCUGGGCUCACUCUGUUGGCUGGUAAGGUGUCCAAGGAAAAGCUGGCGUAUGUUUACAGGUUUGACUACAGGUCCAAGACUCAGUCUGUCAUCAAGGAUGUGCCUGAAUGGGCCGGGGUUCCACACAUGUUUGAGCUUCCAUUUUUCUGGGGACUUCCCCAAAUGACUAACAGCCCUGUUCAAUGGAAUUUCGCCGAUAAGAAAAUGGCCGAGGUAGUAAUGGGGAUGCUGGGUAAUUUCGCCAAGAAUGGCAAUCCAGGAAUUGUUAAAUGGGAAUCGUACACCGAAGAAGAUCCUGGAAUCUUAAUCAUCGAUAGGAACCUCGAUAUGAGCGAUUCCAAUGUUAUUGAUUACAAAGCGCUGGCUUUCUGGAACGAAUAUUAUCCGAUGAUUCUUAAAGAGACGAUGAAUAAUUGUUGCAACAUGACCAGUCACUCCACCGCGUGGAGGAAAGCUUCUUAUGGAGUUGUUCUAAGUGGAUUCGCUGUUGUCACGAUGUUCUGGUGCUUGGAAUUGUAGUCGAUGAAUUAUUUAGGUUUCCUUUGCAUGCGUACGAUGGAGCCUCUUCCAUACAAACGUUGAUGAGUUUAGGGCGUCCUGGUUUGUGUUAUCUUCUUGAUAGAUGAAUCGUGUAAUAUAGUCUGUUCUUCGUUCAAUUAAUUCCAUUUUGCGCUCGAUCGGUCGCAUUAUGGCUUGUGUUUUCAUAACGCACGCGAUGGCUGCAUAAAAACAGACCUAAAUGCGAAACGCCGAUGCAUCACGAGCAUCGUUUAGCAUUUUACGUAAAAGCGUAAUAAAUUUAGUUUGGUCGUAAGGACAACGAAAACGCUUAGGACAUUAAAGAAAGGUUGAGAAGGCAAAGUGGUGCUGUUC